AAAGAAAGAGAGCGAGAGAAAGAGAGAUAGAGAGAGAGAGGAAGAAAAAAAGAAAAGGAAAAGGAAAAAGAAAAAGAGGUUUUUGUUUUAGGGAUCUGAAAAAUGGCACUGGGUGCGACGGCGAUAGGAGCGCUGUUUGGACUGGGCACUCAGAUGUACUCAAAUGCCCUCCGCAAACUACCUUAUAUGCGCCAUCCAUGGGAACAUGUGAUUGGAAUGGGAUUAGGAGCAGUGUUCGUGAAUCAGUUGGUGAAAUGGGACGCUCAGCUGCAGCAAGACCUAGAUAAGAUGCUUGACAAAGCCAAGGCUGCCAAUGAGCGUCGUUAUUUUGAUGAAGACGAUAAUUAGCGCCAUUGGUUGACAGACUUUGGCAUCUUCUCAUGUUUCCAGAUAAAUUUGGCCUCUGAGUAGUAUUUAUCAUGGGCUGUGUACAUUUGAUUGGUUUUUUGUUGUCUGUUUCUCUGCUUGUAAGAUUGUUAGAGCUUGCCGACACAAUUGGGUGAAGUUGCAUCUCAGAAAAUAAUUUGAAGCAAUUGCAAAUUUUCUUUGCUGCAAAA